GCAAACAGUUUGGUUUUGUUUCCAGAUUGGUUUGGUUUCAGAGUCUCAUACAAUGAAUGAAGGACAUUGGAUCCUCGAAGUAGUUGUACAGAAAGAAAAAAAAAGAUUGUGUCACUUGAAAGGCUAAAAACUGGAUCAACGGUAAUGAUGUGGCGGUUUUAUCAAAACGGGGGCAAAAGAGGGAAGUUCAACAUAGGAGCUCUGAGGAUAAAAUAGUCUAAAACGCGUCAAAUGGUAUAGAAGUUAACUUAGGCCCAAAGCAAAAGAAAUCAGGAAUCCGGAACGUUCGAGCGCCACGUCAUUACCAAAAUAUCUGAAAUAUCUUCUAAAGAGUUUUUUUUUUUUGUAAUUUUAUAUAAACGCUUCUAUUUUAACAAUCACAAAGUUUUGUUUUUUUUUUGGUUAAGUAGAGACGCUUGCUUCCUUCUCUCUCUGCUUACGAAAAAGCUAUCACCUUUGCAUUACUACUACUUACUGUUACAUUCAAUCCUUUGUGUUCUUCGUCGUUCUUGCGUUUCACCGAAUCUUAAUCUGAUUCUUCUGCUACUUUUUCUUACAUGCCGUCGAUGAUUGUUGACAGGAAAAGGAAGUCACGCGGAGAACGAGAACGAGAUGUAGCUGAGAUUCUUAGGAAAUGGAGAGAGUACAACCAGCUGACCGAGACAGAUUCUUCUUACAUCGAUGGUGGUGUUCCUAAACCAAUCCGAAAGGCUCCUACUAAAGGUUCCAGAAAGGGUUGUAUGAGAGGUAAAGGAGGACCUGAAAAUGGGAAUUGUGAGUAUAGAGGAGUUAGACAGAGGACUUGGGGUAAAUGGGUUGCUGAGAUCCGUGAGCCAGGCAAAGGUGGUAGGUUAUGGCUAGGUACUUUCUCUACUUCACUUGAAGCUGCAUUGGCUUAUGACGAGGCUGCCAAAGCUAUGUAUGGUUACUCUGCCCGGCUCAAUCUUCCUCAUUUCACUACUAAUGGCUCUUCUUCUACUGCCGCCACUGUGUCUGGCUCGGUCACUGCAUUUUCUGAUAAAUCUGAAGUUUGUGCACGCUAUGAUACAAAUGUGAUAUCUCAGGCGAAACUAGAGGGUAGUAGCGAUGAAUAUGUUACCUUUGAUAGUUCUCAGUGUAUUGAAGAGAAGCUGAACGUAAAAGAGGAAGAGAGGGAACCUAACUCGGUUGAUGCUUUUGGAACUGGACAGGAAUCGAAAAAAGAGACCUUAGAUGAUUGGUUAAUGGGAAAUGGCAAUGAUCAAGCACCAUUCCGAUUUGAUGUGGACGAAACAUUUGAUAUCAGUGAGCUGUUGGGUAUACGAGAUGACAACAAUGCGUCUGGUCAAGACACUAUGCAGUGUCAAGUUAAUCGAAAGCCAAACUUCAGUGACCAAAUGCAGUUUCAAGAUGCUAACUUGCCCGAGAGCCUCAACCCCAUGGAGAUUGCUAAUCCUGAAGUUGAUUAUGGAUAUCAUUACACGCAGCAGAGUGAAAUGGAGAACAAUGGUAUUGGUUUAGACCAUCGCAGGUUCCAGGAUCUUGACGUACAUGAGGACUUGGAUUUUGGAGGAGGGAAAGAUGUUCAUGGCGCUACAUAAGAUCAUAAAUUCAUAUGACUGGCCUAAGAUUGUGAUACUGCUCCGAGACUAUCUAGCCGUUACUGCUGACUCUCUUUGAAGCUGCUGAUGAUACUUGCUGAUGUUAAUGGUUUUGAUGCAUAGUUAAUGUGGUUAGGUAACGUAGGACAAGUUCAAUAUGAUUCCUUCUUUCAAAGUUUGGAUUUAUAGGAAGUUUUGAUAAA